CGAAAACGUAUGCGGACAAUCAGUUCCCGUCAUAUAGUUUUAUAAACGGACCAUAAAUUAUUGGUGUUAAUUAAAUUUUUUUUUCAACAGCGGUAGGUAGCACAAUAUAUUUUAUUAAUCUAAAUCGUCGUUAACCGUUCGUGUAUGAAAUUAUUAUUGAGGCUGAUUGUACGAAUUCGGCGUUUUUUCAAGGGGAACAAUUGUCCCAAAUCUGAUACAAGUUUGUAAAUAGUGAUAAGGCGAAUCGCUUUGGCCGGCCGAUUUACUUUAAAUGCCGUCUGCGGUCUGCUCGACGCGAUACAGCUAAUGCGAUUUUUUGCCGUACUGCUUCGGUGUAAACAACAAUAAACUUACGCGUUUCAAACGCAAAGGUCUGAAUUAAUUUUUUUCGUACGUUUCAUCGGCGCGUGCAGACCUCGCCAUGGACGGCAUCGUAGAACACGUUUAUGCGGAACCCAGCGUACCACCAGUAAUCGCAAUUACAGAAGUGGGUCAUUUGAAUUCAUCAGAACUUUUAGAUUGUGGUAUGGCAAUUGAGAAUACAUCUAAUAGACCCGUAUUAAAAAUAUUCAACCAACACGGCGGAACAGUUGAAGAAGAAGAUCCUAGUAGAAAGGAAAAUGGAAAAAAAUAUUUAAUUUUGAGAAAUAAAAAAACGAAUAAGGUUUUAGUUUAUGGUACCAAAGUAACUUAUCUUAAGAAGCCAGAUUACUUUAAAAUGAAAACAUUUGAAGAUCAAUCAUUGACAGAUAAAAAUCAAGAAUUGAGCACGGUAUUUGGAACUAAAAAGGCAUCACGUAUUUCAAAAUCUAGAGUUAAUAAUGCUGUUGGUGUUUCAGCAAAUGUCUUCGAUAAUAUUUCCUUUUCUUCUGAUGUUAUGCAGCCAUCAUUUUCUCAGACUAAUGAAUUUUUAGUAUAUUUACCACUGGGAUGUAAUCGUUUUUCUAAUAAAUUAGAAACAGUUUAUCCAGUUUCUACAUUAUUGCUCGAAAAUGAAGUAGAUUUAAUGACUGAUUAUGCUAAAGAAGUAAUAAGUAUGUUACCAAUUAGUAGUGACAAUGAAGAUUUAUCAAAAUUUUUCAUAACAAAUUUGAACAGAUUAUCUCAUAAAACUAUUCAAAAUAUCUGUCUCCUUACCUUUGCUGAUGGACUGAUUGAAUUGUUAAAACUCAAAUCAACUGAUUUGAAUUAUAGAAACCUUGAAGUUUACCCAAAUUCAGAAGUAAUAAAUGAUAAGGUGUUAGAUAAUUUUGUUGAAUACACUGUAACUGGCCGAGAUUUAACAUCUAAGAUGAAGGAUAAAUCAGUGUGUCAUAUAAUUAUAAUUAUGUUGUUAAUCAACAUGUAUUCAUUUGACUUAAGUUGGAUAUCACCAUUUCUUCCAACAAGUAGCCAAAAGAGAUUGAUGUUGCUGUUGAAGGUAGUUGGAGCAACUCUAGCAAAAGAUGAUCCAACGAAGUACACACUAAAAAUGCCAUUAGCUACUUUACCUGCAUUUCAAAAACUAUCAAAAAAAAGUCGUAAAUGACCAGCUAAAUUUUAAUUUGAUUUAUACUUGUCAAUUAUUGUCAAGUGUUAAUGUUAUUUUUAAUAAUAAAAAACUAUUUUUAACUCAUUAAA